UCCUAAAAGAGAAAAAAAAAAAGUUAUAUUGAGAGAGAAAGCUUUCAUUCAUCUCACUAUCACCAAGAAAAAAAACCCAUUUUUCCAUUAUUUCCCUCUUUCUCUCUCUACUUUCAGAACAACCAUGAAGUAGUAACUUCCUUCUCCGGAUAAUACCGAUCUGGGUCCCCAAAAAAUUCAAUCUUUUUCUGUUCAUGAUCACCAAUUCCAUCUUUUUUCAUCAUAAAUCUUGAAACUUGAAGAAAUCUUGCAUUCCCAUUUGAUAAAGUUCCAAACUUUACAACAAAAAAUGUCAUCUUCUUCAACUUCUACUUCAUCACAGUCCACAAACCCCCCAAUCUUGAAGAAACCCAUGAACCCACAACAAUCAAGUUCAAAACCCUUUUGGGUUCUGAAGCAAAAAACCCCAAUCUUGCAACAGUUGUACACAAUCGGAAGAAAGUUGGGUCAGGGUCAGUUUGGUACAACCCAUCUAUGCACAGAGAAAUCAACAGGUGUUGCAUAUGCCUGCAAAUCAAUCCCCAAAAAGAAACUUAUAUGCAGAGAGGAUUAUGAGGAUGUGUUGAAGGAGAUUCAAAUAAUGCACCAUUUGUCUGAACACCCUAAUGUUGUGAGGAUUAAAGGGACUUAUGAAGAUGCUUUGUAUGUGCAUAUUGUUAUGGAGUUGUGUGCUGGUGGUGAGUUGUUUGAUAGGAUUGUUCAAAAGGGGCAUUAUAGUGAAAGAGAGGCUGCAAAGUUGAUUAAGACUAUUGUUGGUGUUGUUGAGGCUUGUCAUUCUUUGGGUGUUAUGCAUAGGGAUCUUAAGCCUGAAAACUUCUUGUUUUCUACAACUCAUGAAGAUGCUACUCUUAAAGCCACUGAUUUUGGCUUGUCUGUGUUCUACAAACCAGGUGAAACGUUUCGGGAUGUGGUUGGGAGCCCUUACUAUGUCGCACCAGAGGUUUUACGCAAGCAUUAUGGGCCCGAAUCUGAUGUUUGGAGCGCAGGGGUAAUUUUGUACAUCUUACUGAGUGGUGUUCCUCCCUUUUGGGCAGAAACUGAAAUGGGCAUCUUCCGUCAGAUACUGCAAGCAAAAUUGGAUUUUGAAUCUGAGCCGUGGCCUGCAAUCACCGACAGUGCGAAAGAUCUUAUCAGGAAAAUGCUCGAUAGAAAUCCUAAGAAAAGGCUUACGGCCCAUGAAGUUUUAUGCCACCCAUGGAUUGUUGAUGACAAAAUCGCACCCGAUAAGCCCCUUGAUUCUGCAGUAUUAUCGCGCUUGAAACAGUUCUCUGCAAUGAACAAGCUCAAGAAGAUGGCUUUACGGGUGAUUGCCGAAAGGCUUUCUGAAGAAGAAAUUGGUGGAUUGAAAGAGUUGUUCAAAAUGAUAGAUACCGACAAUAGCGGUUCAAUUACCUUCGAUGAACUGAAAGAGGGUCUGAGAAGAGUCGGUUCUGAACUUAUGGAGUCGGAGAUAAAGGACCUAAUGGAUGCAGCGGAUAUUGACAACAGUGGAACGAUCGAUUAUGGUGAAUUUAUUGCUGCAACUGUACACUUGAACAAACUGGAGAGAGAAGAGAAUCUUUUGUCUGCGUUUUCGUUCUUUGACAAGGAUGGAAGUGGUUACAUUACGAUUGAUGAGCUCCAACAAGCGUGUCAAGAAAUGGGUUUAGGUGAUGUUCGUCUUGAUGAGACAAUCAAGGAAAUCGACCAAGAUAAUGAUGGACAGAUUGAUUACGGGGAGUUUGCUGCUAUGAUGAGGAAGGGAAACGGCGGGAUCGGGAGGAGAACAAUGCGGAGCAACCUGAACCUCGGUGAAGCUCUGGGAGUCAUACCGCCGCCACCUGAAGAACAAAACCUCUAACAAGUUAUUAUUACUAAUCAAUCAAUCGCUUGGAUUAUUUUGGUAUUUGGUUAGAUUUAAGAACUAAUUAUGGGGUGUUGAUUUCGCUCAGCAUCCGCGAAUUUGAACUUAUAUAUAUUAAGCUUUGACUUUGAACUAUGACUUGCUCUUUGGUUAUGGCUACUGCAUUCAAAGUCAAAAUUAGGAUGUCUAAUGAUGUUAUAGUCAAAGUA